AUGGGGGUUGCUCCUGUCAAGUUGCUACCAAACUUAGUGGAGACAGAAAAUAGGAGGAUAGCAGCAAACCUAUCAGGUCAAGAUUGUCAAAACAAAAAUAGAGUUGCAAUCUUGGCAGAACUGGACAAAGAGAAAAGAAAAUUACUAAUGCAGAACCAGUCUUCAACACAUUGUCCUGGAGCUAGCAUUGCUUUCUUGAGACCCUGGCUUAAAAAGAACUUCCGUGACCAAGCGGAGCAGUGGCCCAUGGUGGCCCAGCAGAAGGCCACGCUGCGGCAUGCUCAACCACACCAAUCUGGACACUUCAUACUUCCAGACUCCGCAUUUGGGAAUCUUAUUCUUCCUGUUUUACCUUGCCAGGAUGAAGAAAAUGAUUCAUAA